CUGGGGCCUUUUGCUGUAUCUCAAGGUCUAUCCCAACGGUCUCAUCGUCCAUCCGCACAAUGAAAAUCGUUGUCUUAAUGGUUGUUGUUCUUUUGAAGGCCGUAUCAGCAAAUUCUUUAGGGUAUGACUCAAUCUUUAGCUUUGGUGACUCCCUUGCUGAUACUGGAAACUUUCUUCGAACGGGUGCACUUGCAUUUCCAGUCAUUGAAAGACUUCCUUAUGGGGAAACAUUCUUUCGCCAUGCAACUGGUCGUUGCUCAGAUGGCCGCCUAGUAGUCGACUUUUUUGCCGAUGCAUAUGGAUUACCAUACCUAAAACCGUACUUAGCGGUUGCAAGAGAUGGGAAUUUCCAACAUGGGGUGAAUUUUGCUGUUGCUGGGGCUACAGCAUUAGAUCCUGAAUUCUUCUACCACCAGAAGCUUGGACCCAUUUUAUGGACAAAUGAUUCGUUGAGUGUUCAGCUUGGCUGGUUCAAGAAGGUGAAAUCCACCCUUUGCACCACUCCUCAAGAGUGCAAAAACUUUUUCAAGAGGUCUCUCUUUCUAGUGGGUGAAAUUGGUGGAAACGACUAUAAUUACCCAUUUUUUAUUGGUGGAACCAUUAAACAAGUCAAAGCCACGGUCCCUGUGGUAGUUGAAGCCAUUGCUGCAACCAUAAGUGCAUUGAUAGACGACGGUGCCGUAGAAUUGGUGGUACCAGGAAAUUUCCCAAUUGGAUGUUCAGCAGUGUACUUGACACUGUUUGAAACCCCUAAUAAAGCAGCAUAUGACGAACAUGGGUGUUUGAAAGUGUAUAAUGCCUUUGCCAAGUAUCACAAUGCUCAACUUAGACUUGGCUUGGAGAAACUAAGGCAGAAGUACCCUCAAGCCAAAAUCAUCUAUGCCGAUUACUAUGGUGCAGCUAAGAGAUUUGUGCAUUCACCCAAGCAUUAUGGAUUUUCUGAGGAUAGGUUAGUGGCUUGUUGUGGAGGAGGUGGGCCGUACAAUUUCAACAAUUCGGCAAGAUGUGGUCAUACUGGAUCCACAACUUGUACAAGUCCUUCUACUCAUGCAAAUUGGGAUGGUAUCCACCUAACGGAUGCAGCUUAUCGUUAUGUCGCUAUGGGCUUGAUCAAUGGGCCCUUUUCUUCCCCUAGCCUGUCUUAUGCUCCCAUUAAGCAAAUUUAAAUAUUUCCUCUCAAACCUACUUCUUAUCUUUUUUUUUCACUUAAUUAUAUUAGGAAUGAUGAUUUGGUUGUAUGUUUCAAAUGUAAAAGUUGGACAUGAUCAUAAUUUUAUUCAAUGAGUGCAUAAUAAUGUGAAUUUGGAUUUUAAGCCUUCA